AUUAAAUAAUAAAUAAUUUAUUAUAAUUAAUAAUUUUUAAAAAAUAAUCCAUCUAUACCUUCCUAUUUAAAAAGUGGUUGUGAGACUCUGCCUUUCGAAAAAAAUAAAAGUAAAAAUAAAAAGUAAUCAAAGGAACUAGCAUAAGUUACAUCUCUCGUUCCCAUCCUUGCUCAGAAACACCGGACAGCUCCAGCAUCGGCCGAAACCCCAGAUCUACUUCCUAGGUCAGACCCAAAUGCCCUUCAUCCACCGCCCAUGUCAUUCGAACUCCUUCCUCUCACUCAUAUUGGUCCGUCUCCACUCACAUCUGCUUCUUUCCCGAUCUCCCUCUUCCAUCGACAACCAGAUCCAAGUCUCCCUCCACUCAACCCCUAGGUCUUUUUUCCAUCACCUCCAGAUCUUUGUGUCGGCUGUUCCUCCCUCGUCCCCUUCGAUAAUCAGACUAAUGGGGGCUUCACCGCCGUCGGAGUGCGGAGAAAAUGCAGGGUUAGAAAUUGAAAUCCAUGGGUUUAGGUAUGAAUUUGAAAUCCACGGUUUUUAAGUCUUUCAAAUAUACUGGUUAAAAUACA